UUUUGGGGAGGGAGGGGAGGAUGACUACUGGCUUUUGUUGCAUAUUUUGGCCACAUGAUGAAUCAUUUAGCAUAUGCCGCCUUCUUUUUCACAACGAAAUCACGCUGGUAGUGCUAGAUGCAAACAAUAACGACUCAAUGGAAGAGGCUUGUGGUGGUGAACAACUGUCAGCCUCAAAGGCGUCAGUAAGUACAUCGACGGAAACGUUACGGCCAAGUGCGUUAACUUUUUCUGCAUCUAAGCCCGUUACCCCUGGAAACGAAGGUGAUAUUCGAGCCAUUAUAUCAGAUGUUACUUCACUGUUAGUGCUCUCUGCAAUGAGUAACGAACUCUAUAAAUCGUCAGCUUCAACUGACAUUACCCACGACCAGCAGGUGCGACUAAUCGAGGCGACCAGUGCCGUGAUUCAGUCCCUAAACCAGAUCAUUCCUCGAGAAUACAGAAAAUCAUAUACAGACAGUCAAGGGACAAUAUCAGCAAUUCAACAAUUUAAGCAUUCAGAGUCCUCCAACAGUCUGGCAUCUUUGGAAUUCAAAUCAUGCACAUCAAAUGAUAACUCACAAUCUUCGGACGCAUUCAGGUCUGACAUCAUAACGCCACGCCCACCUUCAGAACUUGAAGACAGUAUAUAUAUGAGCAUUAACAGUUCAACUUCGCAAUAUGAAGAUAUGUCAUGCCAUACCACAGACACAGAGGAACUAGUACUGACGCUACAACGUUUGAAGCAACGUUUAGAUCAUGAAAUCACGACAGCACUGAAUGACGCUAUUGCCUGGCAAGAAGCAAGCCAAGACACAGAUGGCUUGGCUCUAACUGUUUUUCUGAGACAACUUCAUCACCAAUAUAUACGGGAUGGUCAGGUGACUGUAACCGACCAAUCAUGGUUUUCGUUGUUAAUUGAGAAAGCUCUAUCCAGUAGUCUUCAGGCACAUGAUAUUGUUAUGCUUUCAAAAGAAAUUGAAGCAUUGAAAAUGAACACAGUUAUUAAGGAUGGACUCAGUGGACAAGCGCAAGAGACGAUAAGUGUUGAUACAGCAAUCCAAACAGACGAUGUGUUGGAUACAUACAGUAUUAGCUCAUUUGAUAGUGAAAUCAGUGAACGGAAUCUGUCCCCAGACUCCUUGCUUAUCCCGGGGCCGAGACAUGAACACAUAAGUUCACAGCAGUCUGUGUACACCCCUCCUCACCAUAAGCCGAAGAGAAAGCUGGAGGUUCCCAGUACGCUUCGAGGUGAAAGUGACACACAUGAAGUACAGUCUCGCACUGGAUGUUGCCCUUUCCUUAGCUGUCUGAAGAGGAUGUGUUUGCAUUAGUUAGCUUACAAUUUAUUGUUGGAGUACCUUGAAUAUUAAAAUACACAAGAUCAUUAACAUGCAUGUAAAGCUGCAGAAGUUUAAGCACUGCUCAGUUAUCUUGUCAUUUGCAUUUGAUUUAUAACAUCUGGGGUAGAUAUAGGCCGUUACGUUUAACAUGCUCUGUAAUUAGUCAGUACAGUAUUUCAAUACCUGUACAUUGCAUCUAUAUUAAGCAACUCAUCGUUCAUAACUUGAUGUGAAAUAAUGUUGUUCUAAGGUUAUAUUGUACGCGACGUUUAUAGCAGAGCUGCAAGUAUUGUAAUCAGCUGAAAUAUAUGUACAUUUAAAAUACUGGAGCAAUAAAAUCAAGACUACUGUAAUUUUUCUAAAACAUUUUCUUUUGUCUUUAUUAGCACAAACAAGUUAAAAUUCCUCUUUCGGAAUUACUGUACUUUAAAUAAUUAAAUUAACUGGUGAAACAAAAAAAAAAUCAAUUGACAUAAGCAAUGGACUGAGGAGAAAGAAAUUAAACUAUUAUUUAAUCACUCUCAGUCCACCCUCUUUUGGAAUUACUGUACUUCUGUAAAAUUCUGAAGAAAAUAUGUAUUCGCUAAUACAUUUUAGAACUAGAGGCAACUGGACCCUUAAAAUGAGACUGAAUACUUUAUUAUCUACGCCUGGCAGUAAACAGAGCACCAUAAGUAAGCUUAUUAGUUCCUGCUGAGUAUAAACAAAUAUACCAUGUACAUUCAUUUAAAAAUGGACCAACUAAAAUAAAAUAUAUUUAACAAAGUG